AAGGCACUGUUAAUCUUCUAUCACCAUUAUCCGUGAUAUCAACGAAGCCAUAAACUACAAUACCCACAACAGUGGCGCACUAUGUUUACGCUGCCGAUAGCAGAUGACAGUGGCUGCUGCUGAGCUUCGGAGAAUAAAGCGCACGCCGCGGCUCGGAGAAUACCGUGUGUUUCCAAUAUACUUUUAACAUACUGCCUAGAUAGGCGCUCUUCUCCUCGCUAAAUUGACCUUUUUGCUUUUGGAGAGGACGCCUACCGGAAGCUUCUCCCAGGCCGCUGCUUAGAGGAGUCGCAGACCGUUAGCCGCUAGCUCAUCCGGAGACGGGAUGUGUAUUAAUCCAAACGGGAGUAGCCGCACGAGCCGGUAGCAGCAGUCAGUCACACCCUUGUCUGGAGACAGUGAGGGGGCUCUGUGCGCGGAGCAAUUUGCAACAACUCUUUAAGGCAAUUCGAUGUUUUUUUUACGCCUAACUUAGCCCCAGGCUGCUGAAUUGUAGACUAUUGAGACCAGUUUGACUUAACUGGGAAGUGUGGACUUGAAUAUGACUGACUCAUCGUCAUGGAACGGACAGAGAAGAUAACCCUCAUCAGCCUGUCUGCUGCAGUGCCAACCAGACAGUCGCGCAACUAGGUGGACAGUGAAACUAUUUUGUACACUAAUUCGUCUUUGUUUUGGACGUUUUUUCUUAUUUUCUCGGUAUCAACGCGGCGUUAUGAAUGCCCCAAUGUACACUUUUGUUUCCCGUGACGACAACAGCACGGUCUAUGCAGAAGUCUCCAAAAUCCUCCUUUCAACUGGACAGUGGAAGAGGCUGAAAAGAGACAACCCGAGGUUCAACCUGAUGCUCGGUGAACGGAACAGGUUACCCUUUGGACGUUUAGGCCACGAACCAGGACUGGUUCAGCUGGUGAAUUACUACAGAGGGGCAGACAGGCUUUGCAGAAAGGCGUCACUGGUCAAGUUAAUAAAGACUAGCCCGGAGCUGUCUGAUUCCUGCAACUGGUUUCCAGAAUCCUACAUAAUCUAUCCAACUAACCUCAACACCCCAGUUGCUCCAGCUACGAACGGGAUCAGCCAUCUGAAGAGCAAUCCCAAAACAGAUGAGCGGGAGGUCUUCUUGGCUUCAUAUCACACUAAAAAAGAAAGUGGGGAGGGAACAGUGUGGAUAGCCAAAUCUUCUGCUGGAGCUAAAGGUGCUGGUAUUCUGAUAUCCCACGAUGCUAACCAGCUGCUGCAGUACAUUGACAAUCAGGGUCAGGUGCAUGUCAUCCAAAAGUACCUGGAGAGACCUCUGCUGCUGGAGCCGGGCCACCGGAAGUUCGACAUCAGGAGCUGGGUCUUGGUGGACCAGCAGUACAACAUCUACUUGUACCGAGAGGGAGUUCUGCGGACCUCGUCGGAGCCCUACAACAGCGGCGACCUCCAGGACAUGACCAGCCACCUGACCAACCACUGCAUCCAGAAGGAGCACUCGCAGAACUACGGGCGCUACGAGGAGGGCAACGAGAUGUUCUUCGACGAGUUCAGGCUUUACAUGCUGAACACUCACAACGUCACCCUGGAGACCACCAUAUUACCUCAAAUCAAGCACAUCAUAAAAAGCUGUCUUUCGUGCAUUGAGUCUACAAUCAGCACCAAGCACCUCUCCUACCAGAGCUUUCAGCUGUUUGGAUUUGAUUUCAUGGUGGACGAAAGCUUCAAAGUGUGGCUGAUUGAGAUCAAUGGAGCGCCGGCCUGUGCACAAAAACUGUACCCGGAGCUGUGUCAGGGCAUCGUGGACGUGGCCGUAUCCAGCGUCUUCACUCUGAGCAGCGGCAGUGAGUCCUCCUCUGCCUCCUCCUCCCCUUACUCCUCUUCCCCAUCCUCGCUGUUCACCACCAACUCCUGCUCCUCUCCCAAACUGCGGGGGCCUCUUCACGUGGGUCCUUUCACUCGACUGUGAGCCCAGGCUCCCAAACUCCACCCGGCUGAGACGGUCUUCUCGCCUGAUCUUUCUCACCCGGAGGGGCAACUUUCUCUUCAAGAAAAAAUCCCCAAAUCUCUCCGAUCAUGCGUAUUGUGAACCUGUUCAACUGUCCACUGAAGUUUGAGGGAAUUUCUGAUCAAGAACAGUUCUGUUGCAUCCCCUCCCUUCCCCCCUUAACAUGUUAACGGAGGUGUAGAACAAGCCGAGGAACUCCAACUAAGACAGUAGUGCCUUACAUUUCCAACCAUGCUCUCGUAAGCUCUCUGCCAGAUAGCUUCUCGUGUUAUUCAUUUACCCGUCUUCUAAGAGCUCUUGCACUGUCGCUCAGCUAAAUGAACACCACCGAGGUCAGUGGAGAAUGACGACUGACAUUUCAGUUCUCAACUUGAACUUGUAGAACUGAGUGCUAUUUUCUCAUCAGACACUUUUUUAUUUUCUAUUUAUUAAAACACUUUUUGUAGCCCACCUGCAGCUACCAGAAUGAGUUUGAAAUUAGUUUAAAAAACAAAACUAUAGACUGACAUGCUGAUACCAAGAGCCUGAUGUGACGAGACUCUCAAAUUGUCAGUAACAUUCCUCUUAACUUGACCAUGCGGACAUAUUAUUUACAUUCAGCUGGUUUGCAAUAGUGAGCGAAGAAGCUGAUCAAGAAAACCCAGAUUUAAGUCCAGGCUUCCAGUGUCCCCGACUUCUCAAGAGAGAGAAACAAGGCAGGCGGGAUGGGGGUCAUUUUUAGGUGCAUCAGCCUUUGAUACAGUGUUAUGUACCAAGUUAUCAUGACUGUAGUUUUGUUUUAACAUUUAUUUAUCAGUUUUUCUUGACGUUGUAAAGCCCUCACAGCUUGUUCUGCUGUGGAGAACUGCCCUGUAGCUCUGCCUUUUAUUUCCGAUGUACUGUCGUAGUGACAUGUAGUGACAAAUUAUGUUUUUGAAGUGUUGAAACGAAAGUAGAAUAGAUUGCGCGGAAUGUCUUAUAGGUUAUUUAAAGUAUUUUAGAACCCCGUGGAAACAACUGGCCUGACACAACAAACUUUUGUCAGCAAGGCCGGGAAUAUGCUUCCUGUUAUGCUCAUGUUUGCACGGCUAUGUUGGUUACCUCCUUUAUCCUGUGGUCGUUAGGGUUAGAAUGAGUUUAACACUACAACAUAACUAAGACGAUGUGGAGGUGACGGGUACCUGGAAUAACAUCUAACAUACAGGAGCUGGAGCUUUUUUUUUUCUUUUGCCAGAUUUGAUCCCAGUAUUAUCUACAUAUUAACUUUUUUUAAUUUGCCGCCAUGUUCUUUGUUUACAUCUGACAAAAACGACAAAAAAAAUCGGUUAAAGGCCCACUUAAAGUUAAAGACCCAGUUCUCAGGAAAGUGUCUGAGCAAUUUCAUGCACGACAAAAAUGUUUUCCCUUGGGGGCUCAAUGAUUUAAAAAGAAAGAAAGAAGAAAAGUGACAAUUUCGGCUUAAAAAAAAAAAAACAAGAGCUGGAAACCAAAAAGUGCAACUGCCUUUGAUACUUGUUACACUGGUGUAGUUGGGGAUGAAUUCGUCGUCACCCUUUCAUGUUGUGUUUUUCUUUGUUUCGUCGGGCCCUUCAAUAUUGCCCCUUUUUAUUUCUGUCAUAUCAGCUGAAUGUCUUUGGGAGGGAAACCAGACCUCAGCGUUGUAGCACC